GGUGAAUGGCCUUUGUGCCAUUGUAUUGUUGGUCGUUUCAUGCUUUCGCCAAAGCCGGCCUGUCACUGUGCUAUCUUUGUCUAGGCCUAUCUAUGAGCGCUUCACUUCUUCCCUGUGGACCGGCCCUUAGGAAACAAACAAGUCGACACGGCCACGGACCUGUCGCUGUAGUCACUGCCACCACACCCACACUUAGCCGUCGUGAUUUACGAGAUACUCCGUGACGUGGCAGGUUGAGCCUCCCACCCUCAGGUGACAAGAGACUCUGGGUCCCGAGGCCAAUACCUUGCAGUUUGACUUUCGUUGGGGUGUUGUAGGUUCGUAGGGUUGGUUCGCGUUAAAUCUACC